AUUUGAAAAAUACCCCACAAAAUCGAGACGAAUUUGAAACACUCAAUUAUCGAUACUAGCUGAACUCCGAUAUCGAUAGCAAGUCGCACAGAUGUUUUGGAUACAGCACCGGAGACGCCGUUUACAAAACUUUAAAAGAGAAGGAAACCAAAUAUUUCGGGGAUCGAAAAUUGGCGAGCAACACACAGGUAAAUGGUUGGAAAAUGAAAAGAAAAUAGAAAGGAACAUGCCUGUGUAAGGUGAGACUUCACUGCCAAAACUUCAGUUUCAGAUGUGCCCAUAAUGUUCAUACGUUAAAUCGGAUCCAAUAUGAAUCGCGGUGGACCAGUUACGCAGGAAAAAGCCAUACGUAGAAUCGCCCUAAACGACUAUAUAAUACUAUCCCGCCAAUUGCUGAUCAAUCGAGCCAGAAGGGAUCAGGACAAACGGAGUGCCAAGAUGCUGCUGGUCCUGGCCAGUGGUCAGCAGCAAAUCAUCACCUUCACGCUGCCCAGCUCCUCGUGUACGGUGCAGGAUCUGCUGCGACAGAUGGGCGUUGAGUUCGAUGACAGCACCACAAUAGAUUGCAUGGAGAAUGCCGGUGGCAGCAUCCAUGUGGUGGUCUCCGUGGGCAUCGCCAUCAGCGCCACCGAUCCCGAGACGGUUGCCGAGGCGGAGCAGUUCUAUAGGGAGAUGCAUCAGUCAAAAGCCAAAGCGGCGACUGUCGAAGAGUCUACUCCUGCGGAUGGAAAACCAUCUGCGCCGGUUGCCAACAAUGGUUGCCAGCCGGCUGUAAAUCCCACCAAGAGCAAGAAACGCAAGAAAAGUCCAUCCGCUCCGGAGGAUACCCAUAGCACCCAAGUGAUAUCGUCGGGCGAUCCAGACGCCAACGCUCGCAGGAGCAAGAAACGGAAGAGGCAUCAUUCUGCAAAGGACAACAAUAGCUGUCAAGCGGCAGGUGCUCAUGACAACAAUGAUGCGACUGGCAGGAAACUGGCGAAUCGCCACUCUACAGGUGAAACCUCAACUGUUCCAAAGAAGAGCAACGGUGUGCAGGCCAUUCAACCCGCUGUCGAUGCUAUCGAAAGCUCCCUGGCCAUCCAGACGAAGGAUCAAGUAGCAAAUGCCUCUGGAAGCAAGAAAUCGGAAGAGACAGCUGGCGGUUCUCAGUCACGGGUGCAACCUAAUGCUGCAACCAAGUGCGUGCCGGCCACCAAUGCACCAAGUAACGCUAAACCCACACCUGAAGAACGUGCAGAGCAAAGUCGCCUGCGCAGGAAUCGCAAGUGGAUAUUAAGCAGGGACUUUGACGAUGACGAUGUGGUGCUGCUGAGCAGCGAUGAUGAGGAAACAACCAGCGCCGCCGAUGGCCAAACGGAGGAGGCCAAGCCAGAUGGCGCACAGCCAGCGGAGAGAAGACUGUCCGCCGACGAGAAUCUAACCCUGCUUAAAUAUCCGCCCACCGGAACCGGUGGCCUAACCAUCAACAUGAAGGACUACAUGUGCCUCAGUAGCGGCACAUAUCUGAACGAUGUCAUCAUUGAUUUUUAUCUGUGCUGGCUAAAGAAUAACAUCAUACCAGAGGGUCAGCGCGAUAGGACGCACAUCUUUAGCAUAUUUUUCCACAAGAGGUUGAACGCGGUGACGCUUCCCAACAAAGUGCGCCAGACGGCGGCCCAGAAGCGUCACAAAAUGGUGCAAAGGUGGACACGAACCGUGAAUAUAUUCGACAAGGACUUCAUCAUAAUACCAUUCAACGACCAGGCCCAUUGGAUACUGGCUAUUAUAUGUUUUCCCAGCCUAAGAGGCCCGGUGCCAUACAAUGAUGUUGAGCCCCUCAGCGAUGACAUUCCAAUCAAACAACCACUGAUUCUCAUCUUCGACUCGUAUCCGGUCUACUCACGGCAGCGGGCGAUUGACAUACUGCGGGCUUACCUCACAUGCGAGUACCAGGCAAAGAAUCCGAAUGCGCAGGCGCAUGUCUUCAACAAGCACAAUAUGCCCGCUCAUAGAGUGGAGGUGCCGCAGCAGGAGAAUCUCACUGAUUGCGGCCUCUAUCUGCUGCAAUAUGUGGAGCAAUUCUUCACGAAACCCAUCAGAGACUAUAGACUGCCCAUUAGGGAGCUGAGAAAUUGGUUUGAGCCGCUCACGGUAACCAAGAAGCGCGAGGAUAUCGCCAAUCUCAUCCAGAAUCUGAUGGAUGAGGGCAAUCAGCAGCACCACAGCAAAAUUCUGCCCGUCAUCAAGUUUCCCACACUAAAUGGCCAACUGGUGAUGGAGGAGGAUGACGAGGAGACGGAUAGCAAGGAGGCGGAUGGCAAGGAUGACGUUGGGGAUGAGGAGGAGGAUAGCGCCUCUGUAAGCAAGAAAUCGGAAGAAACAACCUAAUAUGGCAUUCAAAUCCUCGCCAGCCACCAAUGGACCCAGUAACGCUAGACCAAAACCUGACGAACGCGCAAAGCAAAGUCGCCUGCGCAGGAAUCGCAGGGACCUCGAUGAGUAGGAUCAAACAAAGCUGGAAGAUUCAAGUGUUGGGCAACCACCGAAAGGAAGGAAUACGAUUGAUACAACACACUAAAAACCACUUGUGAGGUUAUUAUUAGAAAUAGAAAUUGCUUAUAUAGAACCACUGAAGAUGGGCUCGACGCGAUACACGCACUUGUGAACCACUAGGAGGUACACGUGGCUAGGAGGAGGGGUCACCAAAAUCAUACAGUUGGUCCCCAAAAGCAGGAAAUGUGGCAAUAUCACCAAAAAGAGCAGUACGGCCAAAAAGACGAUAAAGAGGCUAUCCAAGAAAGAGAAAGGAUCAACGUGAUUUCAGGAGAUGAAAAAGGGCCACAAGCCAGAAAAACUAAAGUCAGUUAGCAAAAACUUGGUAAGGAAAGGAAAGGAUAUGAUCUUAAAAAAAAGCAGACGAAGCAGACAUUUUAGGUGUAGAAGUAUUUAGAAUAGCAGAAGAAAAAAUAAAAAUCAGUCAGAUGCAUCAUAAUAUAGCUUUAUAAAUUGCCAAAAAUGAAUCCUACUAUACAUAAGCUACCCCGCAGCAUCAGCCAUUUGCAAAGCAAAGUCAUUUUCGUGGUGAAUUGGGCAACUGCAGGGUAUCAAGGGUAUUACCAAUCAGCAUUAUACUCGUCGAAAAAAAGAAAGAAUUAUUCUAAGGUGGUUCUUUUCGCACAGACCAAGGAAAGGAAAUUUGUUCAUGACAAAGUAGCUUGCUAAUAGCAUUGAAUCGAAGGCUUCUUAUAGAGCUCUGCUAUAAUGCAUUUAGUUGUAUUCUUUCGUUGAAAAAAUACAACACGCGAAGCCGGCGAUUGCUCAUAUUUUAACAAUUGUUUAUUUUCGGGUACAAGCAAUGCUCUGCCUACACAAAGUUUUUUUGCAAUAAUACUAGCAUCCUUUUAAAUUGUAAAUUAAUUAUAAAAUGUACUCUUUUUGAAAUUGUGUGAACGAAUCUAAUUUUUUUGACAUUGUACCUUACAGGAAUGAUUAGGGAUUUCAUAAAUUGAUGUAAAAUUUUUUUUUAUAUUAAUGGUGGAAUAAGCAUAAGCAUAAUCAAAACCAUAUUCAUACACAUAUAUAGUAUAUAUUAAAUAUUAAACUAAGUAAAAAAAUGAGAAAACGGCACGCAUAAUCGCGACCUUCUAGUUUUUAUAGUUCCUGAGAUCUCGAUGUUCAUACGGACGGACAGACAGACGGACGAACGGACAUGGCCCGAUCAACUCGGCUAGUGAUCCUGAUCAAGAAUAUAUGUACUUCAUAUGAUCGGAAUCGCUUCCUUUUACCUGUUUUAUACUUUUCAACGAAUCUAGUAUACCCUUUUACCCCACAAGUAACGGGUAUAAUGAAUUAUUUACUCAGCCAGGACAUUGUUAUAUUCCUUGGGAACUUUUUCUGCAUUCAGAAGCAUUCAAUAGCAGUUUUCGGGAUAAUUGAUUCUGUAAAGUAUCCAGAAACAUUCCUGUGUAAUGGAAUAUCCUAACUACUCUGGAAUACUUCUAUCGCGAAAACAUCCAGAAGUCUUUCGGGGAAUGCUUACAGAGUCAUUGCUGAGGAAGUAUGAAACGGAGUUUCAAGCCCGGAAAAAUGGAAAUGGAACUCCUUCCACUUGGAAAUGAGUUACGUACAUAUGUAUCAAAAGAGAAUCAAGUUAUUUCAUUUCCGACUGGGAUAAGUCCACACGGACACACGCGCACACACACACAUGGAUCUGUUUGUAUUGGUGGGGGUUUCUGCGAUAAGAAAAUCGAGCCAUAAAGUCGCACCGGCGAUUCUAUAGACGCUCAGUUGCUUUGGAGCGAUUCUUCGAUGCAGACGAACGUCGGAGUUUGCGGAUUGUAGUAAGAGAGCAAACGGGGAGAGCGAAAAAGACAGAGAGAGCGCGAUAGAGGGACAGAGGGACA